CUGGCUUCUCGUAAACAGUUUUCAGUCGCUGCUCGUUUAUUAAGUUUUUGAGGAAAAUCACCUGAAAUUUCGGAUAAUUUUGAUUGUUUAAUCAUCCAAAAGAACACCCGUUAAUCAAAAUGGACAUGGACUACUCAAACGACUGGAGAAACGCCCACCACAGCACCGGUACCACCAUCAUGGCGGUCGAGUUCGACGGCGGUGUGGUGAUUGGGGCCGAUUCGCGCACCAGCACGGGCACGUACGUCGCGAACCGCGUCACCGACAAGUUGACCAAGCUGACCGAUAAGAUUUACUGCUGCCGGUCGGGGUCGGCCGCGGACACGCAGGCCAUUGCGGAUAUUGUGGCUUACUCGUUGAACUAUCAUGAGAAUCAAACCGGUGAGGAACCGCUGGUUUCGGAUGCGGCCCACGAGUUCCGUCAGUAUUGCUACAACUACCGUGACUCGCUGGUGGCGGGUAUCAUUGUGGCCGGUUGGGACAAGAAGAAUGGUGGCCAGGUUUAUUCCGUCCCGGUGGGAGGAAUGCAGAUCCGGCAGAGUGUCACCAUUGGAGGUUCGGGAAGUUCGUACAUUUAUGGCUUUGUGAAGGAGCACUACCGUGAGGGCAUGGCCAAGGAUGAGUGCAUGGAGUUCGUGAAGAAGUCCAUCUUCCACGCGAUGUACCACGACGGAAGCUCGGGAGGCGUGUGCCGCAUCGGAAUCAUCAACAAGGACGGCGUUGAGCGUCACGUUUUCUUCGCGCCGCGUGAUUACGAGAAUGUGGUUCCGGCUGCUGCUCCGUCGGUUGCCGUUCGCGCUUAGAAUGGGUAAGAAGUACAUUUUUUGCUGGUAAUUUUCUCUCAAUUUAAUAAACUCGACUCGUGAAGAGUCAAUUUGGUCAAAAGGAA